CUAUAGACUUUCCUCCUUAUCUCUAGUCUCCCUGCAUCGUGUCUUGGAAGUUGCAAAAUUGUAAAUUUCCUUGUUUCAUUUUGUUAUUUGUUUCCAUAGGAACGAUAGAUUAACAAUAUGUCUAAAAAUUCCAUAACUUUAGAUGUCGACCCUAGCAUAAUGGAGAACAAUAUGAGAAUUGUAAAGGACAAUCCUGUUGAAGAGGAGUUCAACAGACUUUUGGCUUCCGUAGACCCGGUGCCAGCGAAGAUCGCCAAGCCGAGGCCAGGAUUCUGUGUUAAAACAUUUACAAAGCCAGAUAACAAAAAAGUGUUUGUGAACAUUUGUCUUACGGAAGCUAUUCCAUCUCCUAGAGAUAUUACAAAUGACGAGCUCAUGCAAAUUCUCAGUUCUGAGGACCCUUCAUCUUACAGGGUGCCCAUGAGCAUUGGCGAGGGGCGAACCGAGCCUGAUAGAUCUGGUGCCCCAGCUACUGUAUAUGAUGUUGCUAUAAACCCAGAGUUCUUUAAAAAGAUUGAGAAAGAUGAUUUAUUCCAGACAUUUUUCCUCACUGUUGUAUUUGAGGGACUUCAAGAUAAGUAUCAGUUUGAAAUUGAAAUGCAAAAAUUCACUGUAUUGAAGAAUAGAAAAUCUAUAGGUACACUGCAGUCUCAUAGAAUACAAGUAAGAGAUGUGAAAAACUGUGAGGAGACAGUGAAGCCUUUGAUUGAGGAAAUCAGUGAGAAACCAAGCCAUAAGAUAACUGAAGUGCCAGCAGUUAAGAAAGAAAUAGUUUACAGACUUAGGAGAGAACCACCAACAGGGCAGAUUGAGUACUUGCUAGCAGAAUUCAAGAUACCUUCAUCAGUGGAGUUGAAGGACCUUAAUCUGGAAGUGGGGGAAGAUCGGCUGGUUCUGGACUCCAAGGGAAUGUAUGAUCAAGUGGAUUUCUUCCUGCCCUGCAGCGUUGACCAUGAUAUCAUUGAUGCCACACUCAAUAGGAAUAAUGAUAUGCUGUUUGUGAAAAUGCCAAUUAUCCAUUAAUAUAAAUUUGUAUGUCUUGAGAAAGGACCAGAGGAAUGUUAUUAUUAUAUGAGCAAAUAUAUCAAUAAAAAUUAAAAAUAUGUUA